GACGCUGCUCCCAAGAUGGCGGACACGGCCGGUGCAGCUCCGCCGCGGGAGCCCUUCUGCGUGGCCGAGGAGCGGAGCGGGCACUGCGCCGUGGCGGACGAGGGGUACCUCUACGUUUGGGGGGGAUACGUGUCUGUAGAAGAAAAUGAAGUUUAUUUGCCCAAUGAUGAACUCUGGAUUUAUGAAAUUGACAGUGGAUUAUGGUCGAUGCACUUAAUGGAAGGGGAUCUGCCUCCAUCCAUGUCUGGAAGUUGCGGGUCUUGCAUUAAGGGAAACUUCUUCCUCUUUGGAGGAUUUGACGACAAAGGCUACAGCAAUCGGCUCUAUUAUGUUAAUUUGCGAUCAAGAAAUGGAACCUAUUUGUGGAAAAAAAUCACAGACUUUAAAGGCCAGCCUCCUACACCACGGGACAAACUGGCCUGCUGGGUGUAUAAAGACAGGCUGAUCUAUUUUGGAGGAUAUGGCUGUAGGAAACAGAGUGAGCUGAGUGACUGUUUUGAUGUUCAUGAUGCGUUUUGGGAAGGCCAGAUGUUCUGGGGCUGGCACAACGAUGUCCAUGUUUUUGACACCACUAGGAAAACCUGGUAUCAGCCGACAAUUAAACAUGGAGUCCCUCCUCAGCCUCGAGCAGCGCAUUCUUGUGCCGUCCUGGGAAAUAAAGGCUACGUGUUUGGAGGACGGGUUCUGCAAACACGGAUGGACGAUUUACAUUCUCUAAAUUUAGAUAGCUGGGUGUGGUCUGGAAAAAUUAAUACAUCUGGAGAGAAACCCAGAAGCAGAUCAUGGCACACGUUGACCCCAGUAACGGAUGACAGGCUCUUCCUAUUUGGUGGACUGAGUUCAGACAAUGUGCCCUUAAGUGAUGGCUGGAUUUAUAGUGUCAAAAGCAAUGAAUGGCAACAACUGACAUACUUACCAAAAAGUAGACCUAGGUUGUGGCACACAGCCUGCCUUGGGAAAGAAGCAGAAGUGAUGGUCUUUGGAGGGAGCAAAGAUGACCUGCAUUUCCUUGACACGGGACACUGCAGUGAUUUACUGAUUUUUCAGACACAGCCAUACUCACUUCUCAGACUCAGCCUUGACUGCAUUGGCCGAAACGCCGUCCUCCUGGAAAGCCAAAUGGCCCACCUUCCGCCUCGGCUCUUGGAGGAAGCGCUGGAUAAAAUCACUUUUUGGUCAGCAACAAAUUACCGCCAAGGAAGAAAGGCCAAAGCAGAAGACCCGGAGGAGACCAGCGCCUCUUAGCAACUCUUUUGCACAGACUUGCACUACAGACACUUGUUUGAGGUUAUUUGAAAGUGUUAUUGUUCAACCCUCCGGUGGGCUUGACCACUUAAGCCUUGGAAAGGCGUUGCAUUACCUUUGUUGUGUCACGAAGCAGGUCCUAACAACGCAGCAGCUCCACUUGGAAGGCACGGAACCUCACUCUUGCUUCUUGUGAGCCUGUUCCUAGAUUGAUCCGUUGAUCAGAUGGUUAUUAAAGCUAAACAUUUCAAUGAGGA